GCAGAUUUCCGCGUUCUUCCACUUCUUGUCCUCUGCUUUGCAAUAUAUCAGUUGGAACGGACAAAUAUCGCCAGCGCACUGACUGGCGGGUUCGCAGACACCAUUUCUGUGAAUCAAAACACGAUCAAUCUUGGCAAUCAGUUGAUGUUUUUGGGCGUGGUAGUGCUAGAGAUUCCUUCGAAUCUUAUACUUCAGCGAGUUGGACCUAGACGAUGGAUUAGUGUCCAGGUCUUUAUAUUCGGGGCCGUCGCUGCAUUGCAAGUAUUUGUUAGAGAUAAGACUGGCUUUCUUCUUACAAGAGCGAUUCUUGGUCUUGCAGAGUCUGGUUUUAUCCCGGGCGCCAUGUAUACAUUAUCGACGUGGUAUACAAGGGAGCAGUUGACCAAACGGAUUGCGAUCUUUUUCUUCGGCAUGUUUGGGGGCAAUGCUGUGUCACCUCUUCUAGGAGCAGGAUUGCUGAGGCUUGACGGGAGGGGAAAGCUUGCAGGAUGGCAGUGGAUAUUUUUAGUGGAAGGAAUACUAUCUAUGGUAGUAUCCAUUGCGAUAUUUUUCUUUCUCGCUGAAAGACCGAAUAGCACGCCAGAAACAUUGAGUACCGACACCGGCAAAGACGACGGAUCCGAGGUCAAUGCUCAUACUCAAGCUAUAUCCCCCAAAGAUGUCUGGAACACAUUGAGUAACGUUCGAAAAUGGCCACACUUUCUUGCUACGGCCUGUGUAUUCUCGACAUGGAGCCCACUCACAACAUACACGCCCAGCAUUAUCAUGUCUUUGGGUUUUUCGCGAAUUGAAUCAAACGCCAUCGCGGCUAUAGGCAAUUUUGCGACACUGCCUGUCAUUCUAUUCUUCGCCUGGCUGAGUGACAGGACCAAAAGCCAUGGAUUGAUCGUGAUGGUUGCAAUUGCUGCCUACCUCAUCGCGCUGGUUCUGUUGAGAACUAUCCAGCCUCACGUUGGACAAUGGGGUCGAAUUGGCCUUUGGACAACGGUGAAUGGAUUGGCAGUAGGCUAUCAUCCGAUUCAUAAUGCAUGGAUCCAGAUCAACUGCAAGACUCCGGCUGAGAGAAGUAUUAUCGUAAUGACUGCCACCAGCGGGCUUAUGGCGGGUACACAGAUCUUCCGAGACGACGAGUCAUCCACAUUAUAUCCCAGGGGAAUUUUGAUAAUGAUCGCUCUGGCUGUAGCAGGCCUCGUUCUGACAGCGAUGCAGCAAUUUAUUUACUUCCUAACCAACCGUCAGCACAAAGCUGAACAAAACGUAUAG